AUGAUUACACAACUGAUGUUUAACCUUGUUCGGCAUCCGGAGCACAUUCAACCCCGUCAUGAAGAGAUUAUUGCCUUGCUAGGAGAGGAUGGCUUCUUCCAGCCAUCCUUGGAUAGCCCGAAGUUUCUGGAUAGCAUUUUCAAGGUGAGUCAGCGGCUACGGCCGAUCAAUGACACUUCUUUACAGAGACUUGCGGUGAGCGAAGUAAAGCUUUCAGAUGAAACGGUACUUCCACGGGACACCAUUUCAACUGUCGCCUCAACACGCCACUGGGACGCCAGUUACUAUCCAAACCCGGAUGAGUUCGACGGAUACUAG